AUGAGUCAGUCACAGAUUAAGACUGCUUCUGCGGGAUUUGAUGUGGAAUCACGUGUGAAACGUAUUCGUGAACUGAUCUCAGCCAAAUCUAGUAAUAAUUCGAGCAGUUCAUGUGGUUAUAGUACUCACUCUACUAUCAGUUCUAUUACAAGUACUAGCUAUUGUAGUCCCAUCACUCAAAUCCUAGCUAGUUCAAAUUCAUCUCCUAUAGUUUCUACCAUAUCAUCGUCACUGCCUAGUGCUCAUUCAACAUCUGGCGUAAGUUUCAUGUCAGUCAUUGUAUGUAACACUUCUGCAUCAGUUCAGAAUAUCACCUCCAUUAGCAAUCCAUUGGCAUCUUCAACCACUUCCAAACAUUUCAGUUUUCCUGUAAUUAGUUCAGUUAGUGAAGUUAUCAGUACUCAAGCUGUUAUCCCAACAUCUAUUACCGUUACUUCUAUAGUAAGUCUACCUGGUAGCAUACGUUUUGGUUUUACUUCUACAUCCAACAUAUCUUCUCCAUCCGCCCCACUGACUAGUGCAAGUACAGUAUUAGCAACUGCCGUUACAUCAGUUUCAUUUUCUUUCUCUACUGCUUCUACCGCCCACGUAUCAAUUUUGAAGGAACCAACAAUCAUUUCAACAAUAGCUGUAACUACGUCAGCUUCAGUCUCACAUCCAAUAUUUCCAUUAGUUACCAAUUUCAGUGCUGUCUCAACAUCUGAAAGUAAUUCUGCAGUAGUUCCAUCUUCCAUAUUUACUUUUCCGACCAGCACGAUAACUACAUCUGCCACAAUAAUUUCUGCAACGGCGACAACAACAGCAACACAGAAGAUCACUCCUGCUUUCUCUUUUUCAUUUCCACCCACUUCAUCGACUCCUUUACAGACGACUAGUUCAAACUUAUCAUCAACAGCAAAUCUUAGUUCAAGUGUUUUUGAACCUUUGAAGCCUAUUUCUACAUUCAGUGGGUUUUCUUUUCCGAAACCAGCUAUUACAUCAUCGGCUAGUGUUCCUACUAGUAAUCCAUCAUCGGUAGCUGAAAAUAUAGUUCAGUCCGACAGUAGCAGACCGUUUACUUUUGGUUCAGUUAAUUCCCAACCCAUUUCUACGGCUUCCAUUUUUACAUUUGGAGCGUCGACAGUGACUGCAUCCUCACUAAAACCAGUCUCAUCCGUUAGUUUUGGAUCAACUUCUAUACCAUCAUUUCUGGGAUCGUUUUCCAACUCUGGACCUGUGUCAAGUAGUUUUGUCUUUGGUGCUAACGUGUCUAAACCUUCAUCAACCAUUUCAAGCGGUGCUUUUGGUCAGAUAACUGGUACCACGUCAUCACUAAAUACUGUAGCAAAUAAUGUUGGUUUGUUUACCUUUACAUCCCCAAUUACUAGUACUUCUGGCGUGUCAUUAUUUGGAUCGAAUUCUGUUAACAUCAGUUCCACAACUGUAUCACUUCCCACAAACACGUCUGUAUCUGAUUUCAGUUCAACUACGAUAAACCCAUUACUUAAUCCAGUGUCUACAACAUUUUCAACAAACUCCUUUACUCUUGGAAUUAAACCAGCAAAUGUAACUCCUGCCAAAACUACAUCUUUAUUUGGAGCUAGUAAUUCGAUUUUCGAGACUCCUAAUACAUCAUCUUUAAAAUUCAAUUUUAAUCAGUUAACUUCUAGCGCCUCAUCUAAUGUAGCCAUCACCAGUGGAUUGUCGUUUGGUACGACAAUUGUGACUACAACUGUAACUUCUGUAACUCCUGCUAGUACAUUAUUUCAGUUCGGUAGUUUCAGUUCUAAUUCAAAGCCAUCUGCAGCUUCCGUUUCUCAACCACUCUCUUUUGGUUCAUCAGUGCCUCAAUUUUCGUUUGGCCAGCACUUCACACCUGCAUGUUCACAACCGAGCACCCUACCAACUUUGUCAUUUUCCUCGCUUAAUUCGGGUCCCAUAACUACUACCACUAACUCGUUUCAAUUCUCUUCAACUCCCGUAUUUUCUAAUAUUAAUCCGCCAACUAAUUUUAGUGGCUUUAAUUUCUCUCUACCCCAAACAUCUACACCAAGUGUAAUUACACCUCAAACAAAUGCUUGUUUUGUUUUUGGUCAAACACCGUUAAGUACUGGCGUUGCUAAUUCCAAUCCAUUCACCUUUAAUACAUCUUCAACUAGUCCUCCAUCUAAUGCUCCGAAUGCGCCUCGACGUCGACCACUUUCAAGCAGACGCUCUCGUCGUCCAUAA